GUUCGUCGCCGUCAUCCUCUUCUCGCCGAGGAUCGGCGCCACGGUGGCGCGCAUCAGGCGUGCCGACUCCGGCCACGACAGCAUGACGACCUUCUGGAGGCGGGAGCCGGUCACCGGAAAGGAGGCCGGAGGUGUUGAGACAGCCGGGGGUUUCGACCUGCAGGCACUCAUAGAUCUCUGCGUGCCGCAAGCCAGGCAUCAGCAUGUCUCCAUUUGGAAGAAGCUCCUGCUGGAGCAUGACAGAGCCGAUUUCGCCCUUAUGAUUUCAUUGCUUACAUUCAUCCUGAAUGUCGGAAACGUCUCAAGAGCAUUCCAGCAGACGGACGCAGGUAAGGUGCGGAAGGCAAUGGCCAAAAUGAUGAAGGCCUUCGAACCCGAGCUGGCGAAGACGAUGGUAGCGGAACGAGAAGUUGUCGAACGUAUCGAAACUCGACUCAGGAGUUGGCAAGGCCACGCCACGAUCAUCGCCGGCCGCUUCGGCUCCGGCAAAUCGGUGGCACUCGAAGAGGCCCUGCGCGACAGGCGGGGCGUCUACGUCCACUUCGUUAAGGACAAGGAUUGGGAGAAUUCGCUCUACAAGGACCUGGGCCUGGACAACCUGGGCAUGUUGAAGGAUGCCCUGCGCCUGGUCAGAAAGCGGAACCACGGGUCGACCCCCAUCCUCGUAUUUGAUAUUCCUCGAACAACGAAGGAAGGCAUGGAUACGGUUUCCGCCUUCGCCAAGAUUCUGUCGUCGGACAGUUCGCUGGCACACGUGAUCGUGUGCGCCGCCUCG